ACAUGCGCAAUCUUCUACAUUGUGCUAUCAGCUUGAUUGUUUGGUUGUUUACGCUUAGACAGUUCUAGAGGAACCAAGUAAGAAAGUCAAAGAUGUCGGCGUCCAUGGUACGAGCCACGGUCAGAGCGGUCAGCAGAAGGAAAAUUUUGCCCACAAGAGCUGCAUUAACCUUGACUCCCUCUGCUGUGAACAAGAUCAGAACACUGCUGCAUGAUAAACCAGAAUAUAUUGGAAUGAAGGUUGGUGUGAGGACAAGGGGUUGUAAUGGCCUGACCUACACACUUGACUACACAACAGCGAAGGACAAGUCAGAUGAGGAGGUGAUCCAGGAUGGUGUUCGAGUGUUUAUUGAGAAGAAAGCCCAACUCACACUCCUGGGGACAGAGAUGGACUUUUUAGAAUCAAAGCUCACCAGCGAGUUUGUGUUCAACAAUCCCAACAUCAAGGGCACGUGUGGCUGUGGGGAGAGCUUCAACAUCUGAGACGGGCGUCCACUCACUCACGCGCCCCUCCAACCCCGAGCCCCCCUCUCCCCCUUUUGCGUAUAGACACACAAACACUGCCCUGCUUUGGAGCGAGGAAUUAAAGAUCUCUGGAGAUGGAGAGACUGAGGAACAGAUGAGUGUUCAGUUGACUGCUGGGAUUGAAGAACCUGUGACCCCUGUGCUGCAUCCUACACACACACACACACACACACACACACACACCCCUAUGCUCAUCAUGCAUCAUGCUUUCAUACAUUUUCAAAAUCUGAUCUGCAUAUGGUUAGCCACCCAGAGAAGUACAGAGUUGAGGGGCACCACCAUACGGAUCAAAGCCAAGAACCGAGGAGGUUAGAGUUCAACAUGCCAAGGUGGAGGUGAGAGUUCAGCAUCACAGGUUAUCUGUGCUGUGUGGCACGUGUUUAAUGGGUUCAGCAUCACAGGUUAUCUGUGCUGUGUGGCACAUGUUUAAUGGGUUUGGGCAUGAACUCAAUCACUCGCUGUUGGUCUAGAGGUACUGGUUAACCCACCAUUCCCCCAGUGCAGGUUGGAGGAACAUGUUCCUAAUCCAGCACAAGUACCUGGUAUGGGUGUGCUCCUGACACGGCAACAGUGCCGUGGCGUUGGAGACUGCUCCUACAUUUGUCAAAGUUUUGGCAUGCUGGUAAAAUAGCACCUGUCCUUUCAGGAUUAGGAUGACUUGGUCCAAGUACAGUGGAUUUAGGCACAUUCUUGAUCCCUGUUUGAAGUGUAGGCAUCUUCCUUAGUCAGCAUUGGUGCAGUGCGUUUGGGCACGCUCUUCAACUCCUGAUCAGGUCUGCAAGUUGAUACUGAAGUUGUUUAGUUUGAGUGUGCCAAUGAAUCAGAGAAAGUCCAGAAAGUGGUGGAGAUGAUGUUGUGUAUAUAUGCUAGUGGCAACAUUGUAUAGGGACGUUACUAAACUUCAAACAAAAUCUGAUGAAGACCUUUGAUCAGUGGUCCUUCAUGUUGUCAAACUAAUACUGAUCAGCAUCUGAAGUCCUGCAGCACAGGAGGCCGUGUGCUUGUAUUUUUUUUUUUUUGAGUGUCUGAAAUUGUUUGCACAUCAUAAGUUAUGUGGUUGUAAAAUCUGAAUAUAUGUACAUAGAAAGAAUGUAAAAUGCCCUUAAACUCGAAACGCACAAAAAUAAACUCGGAAAGUGCUUAGCUUUCCUUCAACAACAAA